UAACCCACUGAGCGAGGCCAGGAAUGGAACCUGCCUCCUCAUGGAUCCUAGCUGGGUUUGUUAACUGCUGGCCACAAAGGGAACUCCAAAAAGGGGUAUUCAAAUGUGAAUAUGCAACAUACAAAGUACUGAUUGAACAAAAAGGAAAGUAAGGCUGACUCAAUAGAGGCGACAGCAGGAGAAUGAAAAGUAGAUGGAAAGAUCUUUAUUGGUGUUGAUGAGGACAUAUAAAAAGAGCAACAAAUUAGGGCGAACUAGGCCUGACGGAAGUGAGAAGAACCGAGGGUCCCACAUUUGCCUUUGCAAGCGGGAGAGGCCGGUAAGGGGGUUCCAGCCGGAAGAAACAGUGACGCACUUCCGUGGGUGGGGCUAGCCGUAUGCACGCUCACUUCCGUCGCAACUGCGCAGUUCGCCUCCGGGAGCUUGAUAGUUGUGUGUGGGUUUGGUCUAAGUUUAACUCCCGGGGACUAUGCGCUCCGGUGCAGCCGGCAGGGCCUGCCAGAGAGUCUGCAGGUGCUUUUUUUCUGGGUUUGGGACUCGAGUAGAUGGGGGGCAGCCGGAGUACUUGAGAGAAAACGGCUCCGGUUCCCUCGUAGGGCUUGCGGAGCCCCACGGUAGCGAGCGGAGAGAAGCUCCUGAGUCUAGUGAUGAGGGGAGCGAGGUGCUGAUAGAGAUCUGUCAGAAAAGGCGUUUUCUCAGUGGCACCAAGCGGAAGCUUAGCCGAGAUUCUCUUCUCAGCGGGUGCCACCCCGGCUUUGGCCUGGGCAUAGAGUUGCGGAAGAACCUGGCGGCAGAAUGGUGGUCUUCGGUGGUGGUGUUCAGGGAGCAGGUCUUCCCGGUAGACGCCCUCCACCAUGAACCGGGGCCUUCGCUGCCUGGGGACAGUGCCUUCAGGUUAGUUUCUGCAGAAACGCUACGAGAAAUCUUGCAAGACAAAGAGCUGAGUAAGGAACAGCUAGUAGCAUUUCUUGAGAACUUAUUAAAAACUUCUGGGAAUCUACGAGAGAACCUUCUUCACGGUGCCUUGGAGCAUUAUGUUAAUUACCUGGAUCUGAUGAAUAAGAGGCUACCUUUUGGCCUUGCUCAGAUUGGAGUGUGUUUUCAUCCUGUUUCUGACACUAAACAGACAUCUGAUGCUGUUAAAAGCCAAAGAAUCGGUGAAAAGACUGAAGCUUCACUGGUGUGGUUUACUUCAUCAAGAACUGCAAGCCAGUGGCUUGAUUUCUGGCUACGUCAUCGACUCCUGUGGUGGAGAAAGUUUGCCAUGAGUCCAUCUAACUUCAGCAGCAGUGAUUGUCAGGAUGAAGCAGGCCGGAAGGGAAACAAACUUUACUACAAUUUUCCCUGGGGAAAGGAGCCAAUAGAAACCCUGUGGAAUCUAGGAGAUCAAGAACUUUUACAUAAGUAUCCAGAAAAUGUGGCUCAAUUGCACGGUCGAGAUGGACGAAAAAAUGUGGUUCCUUCUGUUUUAUCUAUAAACGGAGAUCUAGACCAAGGCAUGCUGGCAUACCUCUAUGAUUCCUUCCAGCUAACGGAGAACUCCUUCACAAGAAAGAAAGAUCUUCAUAGAAAGGUGCUUAAACUUCACCCUUGUUUAGCCCCUAUUAAGGUUGCUUUGGAUGUGGGAAGAGGACCAACAGUGGAACUAAGACAGGUUUGUCAAGGGCUAUUUAAUGAACUACUAGAAAAUGGAAUUUCUGUAUGGCCUGGUUAUAUGGAAACUGUACAGUCCUCAUUGGAACAACUUUAUGCCAAAUAUGAUGAAAUGAGUAUCCUCUUCACAGUGCUGAUUACCGAAGCUACUUUGGAGAAUGGAUUAAUACAUCUGAGAAGUAGAGACACCACAAUGAGGGAAAUGAUGCAUAUAUCCAAAGUAAAAGACUUUUUAACUAAAUAUAUAUCAUCAGCUAAGAAUGUAUAGAUUUUAAUAUUUGUAUAAUAAAUACUCCUCUUUCCUAA